UGAGUGCUGCUCACACUAGUGCUGCAUCCUCUGCUGGAUUAACUCCUCUGCCAGCCCGAGCUCCCUCACUGAGUGCCCACUCACCCGGCAUGGACCUGCUGCAGGCCAGGAUGUUGCACUCGCUGCCCUGCUUCGUGCUGAGUGGGCUGGCUGCCCUGUGCCUCCUGCAAGGAGUACCGGUCCGCAGCGGGGAUGCCGGCUUCUCCAAAGCCAUGGACAACGUGACGGUUCGGCAGGGGGACAGCGCCAUCCUCAGGUGCGCAGUGGACAGCAGAGUGACACGCGUUGCUUGGCUCAAUCGCAGCACCAUAUUAUACACUGGCAAUGAUAAAUGGUCGAUAGACCCCCGUGUGGUUCUUCUGGCUAACACACAGAGCCAGUACAGCAUCGAAAUCCAGAAUGUGGACAGCUAUGACGAGGGGCCUUAUACCUGCUCUGUGCAGACUGACAAUCAACCCAAAACAUCACGGGUACAUCUCAUUGUGCAAGUUCCCCCCCGAAUCACAGAGAUUUCUUCAAAUAUCGCUGUCAAUGAGGGAAGUAAUGUCAGCCUGGUCUGUAUGGCCACUGGGAAGCCAGAUCCGGUAAUAAACUGGCGGUACCUGUCUCCCAAAGCGCGUGGCUUUGUAAGUGAAGAUGAAUAUCUGCAAAUUAUUGGUAUCACCAAGGAGCAGUCUGGUCAAUACGAAUGCAGCGCAGCCAACGAUGUGUCGGCACCGGACGUCCGAAGGGUUAAAGUAACAGUAAACUAUCCACCAUAUAUCCUGGAGACAUUGAACAUUGGAACCCCAUUAGGACAUCAAGGAGUCUUGCGAUGCGAUGCCCUGGCUGUACCAGCUGCAGAAUUUAAAUGGUACAAAGAAGACAAGAGGUUGAGCGAGUCACGGCGAGGAGUAAAAGUGGAAAGCAGCGAGAACUUUUCUCGAGUUACAUUUUUCAAUGUUUCUGAACAGGACUAUGGGAAUUACACUUGUGUAGCCACGAAUGGACUUGGUCAAAGCAACGCCAGCAUCAUCCUGUUUGAAAUAUUCCAGUCCACCAGCUCACCCUUACUGCAAGAAGAGACCACAGCUGCCUUGACCCCCCUUAAAGGCCCUGGAGCCGUUCAUGAUGGAAACAGUGGUUCACCUCAGUGCCGUUUCUGCGCACCUCUAUCUCUCCUUCUCUUCCUGGCUUUUCUCUCUCUCCUGCUCCCUCCUCUCCAGUUUUGACCUUCAUGCGGAAUUCUCAGUGAGCCUCAGGGGAGGGAACAAAGAAACCGCAACAACAAAUCUAAAGUCUAAAAAAUAUAAUGAAUUUAAGAAAAUAAUUUACACAAUUUGAUGUCACAAAAUAUAUGGAGAAAAAAAGCAAAAAAAAAAGAAUAAAAACAAAAAUUGUUUAACCUGGAGAAAGUUUAACAGAAAAUACCACACUGCACCUUCCAUGAGAAGGGACUCUUGCAGGCAAUGGCCAGUGGUGAAACCGUGCAGAGCCAAGGCUGUGCUUCGCCUGUUGACUCAACAAAAUUCAUAAAAACAUGUGACUUUGUUCUAAACAUCACUGAGAAGAACACACACACACCACCCUCUGAUCAAACAAUUUGUGAACUGUACAGCUCCAUCGAUUCACCCCGGCUUUAUGGCCCUUUUCGCUGGUGGGUUGAGGGCUAACCCGCACACAAUCGCAAAACCCUUUCCGCAGCAAAGACAUCUGCAGAGAUUAGCUCGAUUCCCUUCAUAAUUGCUGGAAAAACAAACAAACAAAGAAAAAAAAACACCCAGAGCAAUACUUUAACCCUUUCCCUGCUGGUGUGAGAGAUACAUGCAUUUAAAUAUUUUUUUCAUUUUCUCACUAGCAAGACUUGGGUUAAUAAAGCUGUAACUGGCAGGUUUCUUUGGGAGGAUAAGGGGGGUUUCAUUAUCUUGUGUUGUUUGCGUGGAAUGCGUGCUGUACUGUGAUAGGAUGCUGUUAAUUAAUCUGUCUAAGUGGGUGGGACAUUUUUCUUCAUACAUGAGUUGGAAGUGGCAGAACACUAUGAGAUUUCAGUCAUUAGGAUGUCCCUGGAGCUGCUGAAACAUAGCUGUCUCACGUCAUUUUUUUGAAUGGAUAUAGACUGUUUUGGGUCUCAAUUCUGGGCCCUUCUCUUAUUCAUUUUAAGCAAGUGUGACACCCCUAGGAUUGAAAAGCCCAAACUAUAAGUGCAUGAAUGUACAGACAAUAACAUGACACAUGAAUGAAAAGAAAAUGCUGUACCAAGAUAUUGUCAUGUAACCGGAAGGGUAUACAGGAGAGGAGAGUAGAAAACAAUCUAGCCACUCAGAAUGGUUUAAACUAACUAGACUAUAUUCACAAAGGUGUGAUGAACUGGGGUGCUUCAUAGAGGUCCUACAUGGUUUAUUCGCCAAUAAGUUGUGAAUUGACAACGGAUUUGUGAAAUAUAGAAUAAAUUGCCAUAUUGGAACAAAUCUCUGUCUCAGCUUUUAAGAGAUUUCUUCGAGUCUUGGCAAUUAAUAUGCAGUGUCGUUAUCAAAUCGCAACUCUGUUCAGUAAAGUAACUUGCAAAUGAUUCUACAGCUUUCACUUCUGAAACUAGAAAUGCAAUUUAAAAUACGUGACAGAUAUAGAUCCUGUCCCAUUUAGGAAAAAAGCUGGCCGAGUGUGCUGUGAACUGUGGUUCAAACACAAUUUAAGCUCCCCUCUGGCUCAGCAACCCUCAGAAGUGGAUAUGUUCUAUAUUGGGCAAUGUGUGUCCCAGUUCAUGCUACGAGAGGUCCUGAUAUAUAUUCUCUUCCGUAUAAUAUAGAAUCUGGAGAAUUGUCUGCACAUUAAUCAGUCAACCUGUUCAGUUUAUAUGUUAGUUAUUAUGCAACGUUCCAUAAAGACAUUCCAAGGUGUUUUAGCGGAGUGAUAUUGGUAUUAAAAUGGCUGCAAUAAAUGUAAUGUAAAAUAUUGACCUUGUUAUUGUUCAUUUUUGUUACUACAAAUAUUUACUGUUUGCUAUAUAGUAAUACAAUCGGUUUUAACAUCACACAAUGGUUUUGUGCAAAACUACCAUGACCCCUUUCAAAUUAAAGCAGAGGCUUUUGGUUGCUGAGGAGUUUAAAGUACACCUAGGAUUUAUAUAUAAACAGGUAUCAAUAAGCACAGAAACUAUGAACAAGGUAAGAGUGAGAAACGGCAAAACAGUAACGCGCACACUCCCCUCUACCACCCAUAGGUUUUAAUGGAUUUAAAUUACUAUUAUUGCAGUCAUUUUACCACUAAGGUCACUUUUUAUCCCAUCAGUGUUUAGAGUGAUAUUACAAAGUAUCUUUGAGACUAACUGUAUCAAACGUAAAUGUUGUUUUCUCAGAUAACAGACUGACUAGGAGAUAGAGCACAUGGUCCCUCUGGUAACUGUUAUAGAAAAUGUGCAUUUGGCCUCAUGGUGUGGCUGUUCUUAUGCAUGUUGUUUCUCCUGUGGAAUUUAAGAAAAUUGGUGCACUUGUUGAACAUGGAAACUGGAAUGCUUUCUUUGUAAAAGAGUUACCUAAAUGUUACACAUUUGCACACAAGGGAAACAAAAUUACAGGAUACUUAUUAAAACUGAGUGCUGUGAAUGGUCUUAAUAUGGAAGAUGCAGAAACACAGGUUAGAAUUGCAGGAUGGAGGACCUCCUAUUCUACUUACUAAAACCCACCGUCCUAUUUAAUGGCUUGUAGGAUUCUACAACUUGUUUAUAUGUGGACUGAUAUUUAGAAACAUACACAGCUGAUGAUUAUUAUUUUAAUAAACAAGUCCUGCCUCUGAAAUGAACAUCCAGGCAACAGGACAAGAAUCCGUCCAGUGUUUUAAGAGUAUACAUUUUUACUUGUUCAGUUAUUUUGUUUCAUCCGAAAGUAUCUGGAUUUCCAGCCUGCGUAGGUACAUGGGAAGUAUAGCUCCUAAUAUAAUGUCAUAUAUGUUCUUCUGUCUGUGUGAUAGGGGCCUCCCUAUCCGUGUGCACUUAAAAUAAACAAGAAUUCUGUUCAACUAUUAUUUAAUUAACUGGUGGAUGCAGUAUUGAAUAAUAAAUUAGUAUAAUUAUUAAUGAAAAUUCCUGUUCUAUUAAAAUAAGCAGUUGAGCAUAACUUACUGAAAUUACCAAUUGUAUGCGACUUCCAACAUUACCAUCAAGGAAUCCUGUCAAGUCUUUCACUGACAGAGGUACCCAUAACAAAAGGGAUUGUGUAUAUUGUAUAGAAAUGUACAGUGAAUAAUAUCCGUGUGUAAGAAUUUCUUCUCUGUAAUUAUUUGAACGCCAGUGAGAUGGAAAGUUCAUUGCCUUGUAGUCUCUCCUCUCACUCAUUUAGAGUCCAUUUAUUUCUAUUGGCUCAACAACUGAGACUUAUUAAACAAAAGUCUUGGUUAAACAGUUCAUGUUUAAAUAUGUCUUAAAUACUGGCACUGGGUAGCCAAAGAGCACACGAUUAGGAGCACAUUGAAUGGCUGUGGAUAUUAAAGCAUAUCCAUGCUGUAGUUUACCAGUAUGUUAGAGUCAACAUUUAACAGUAGUUUUUUUUUUUUUUUUAUGACAAAGGGACAGACAUUGGGAGAUAGUUUGGAUGUGUCAUAAAAAUAUCAGGCCUCUUCGGUCUUCAUGCCAAAGACCUCCAAGCAGAGAUUCUUUCAGCACAGUCUAAAAUCAAAGCAUCAGAAUCGUUCCCGGACCCUAGCAUUUACUCCACUAAUGACCGGAAGAAUCAUGGACCCCAAAAUCCAAAACUUAGCCGUCCCUUAAAUACCAUGCAAGCUUGGAAUGCAAUGUCUCAAGAAACGUGUGACGGGGACUCUGAAUAAACUGUAAUUUUGCACAUGAUACUAUAGUUCAAAUUAACCUUUGUUCUAUAAAGAAACGAUAAUUGUAUGUGGGAUUGUUAACAUUUUAGCUGCAUACAGUCCUACAGAGGAGGACCAUCUUACGUCAUGAUACCUUCUAGAAUGUUAUUCAUUCUCUUUAUUGGCUCUGAUCUGGUCCAAGCUAUUACAAUACUGGGUAUCUUCCCGUAGACACAUUUAGUGACUCUAAAUCUAAUCCUAUUGGACCUUUAAAAAGCAAAAUGCAUAAACUAUACUUUAAUUGAAGUUACUAUACAUAGAGCUGUCACAGUUCAAGUAAGACUGGUAUUUUUUAACAUUCUCCUGCCUAUAAAAGUAGAAAAAUGUAACAAAACAUGUGGCAACAUUUUUGUUGGCUGAACUCCGUGACUGUUGCUGUAGCAGAGAUGUUUUGCCAAGCUUUUAUCAUUCUAAUUACUCAUGUUUAUAGCAAAGCAUAAAGAAAAUAUAUCGCUGUUUCCCCUAUGCGAUUUAUUUAUUACCCGGUAUAUAUUGUUUUUUUUUCUCCUUGAUACAAAUUAGUGACAGUAAUGAAAGUGAAUGUCUUCCAAUCAUUACUAAACUGUUUAAUUGCAGAAAAUGCUUUUUUCAUUUAUCGAUUUCUGACUCCUUGAAUCGAGAAAGCCAGUGUCAUGCUUUGAUGGGGUAGCAAGAAAGAACAUUGUUGAUUUUUGUCUGUUUAUUUGUCGCUCAAUGUAUGAAACACAUUUUGAAUUGUUUACUAAUGACCAAUGUAUAAAGAUUCCUGAAACGUAUCAUAAAUGUUAAUUUGGAAUGUA